AGUGACAGCUCGCUCCUGUAAAUAACAGCCUGUUCGUACACAUAGCGCAUGUAUUUCAGUGGAAAGUGGAGGCUGCGGUGCGGGUUGAACUGGUGCUGCGGGCCUGACUGGAGCUGCCGCUGGAUUACUCGCUCAGAUCUCAUCCAGUUUCCUCUUGGAUCCACAAACAUCCCGAUCGGCCCUCCAGAGCCUGCAGCCUGCAGCCUGCAGCCCGUCCUCUGGCCGUCCUCCAGGAGCUCCGCCGGCUGCACACACACAGCAGGAUGAGCAGGUCCCGGUCCAGCUGUGAUAAAAAAGCCCCCCAGGCCGGGGUCACCAGGCUGACCCGCAGCUCCACAUCCCAGGCGAGACACGGCAGCCCCGCAGAGCCCCGGGACUCCGGGCCCGGUCCGUACGGAAAGCAGCGCAGGAAGCAGCCGGACUCGGCUCUGGCCCAGGAUCUGAGCCAGAUGAGUGUGAGCGGACAAAACAGCUUAUGUACCAGUGAAGGAAGGACGGGCAGCCCGGUGGGUCAGACCUCGGGGUUCGUUCCUGAUCAGAAGGGCUCAUCUACGUUUCCCGUGAAGCUCCCGUCCCGGGGCGGCCUCGCCUCCGUGGCUCGGCUGGUGAAGCUCGGCCGCUGUAAGAACGUGGUGGUGGUGGCCGGAGCGGGGAUCAGCACGGCCAGCGGAAUCCCAGACUUCAGGACUCCAGGAACUGGUCUUUACGCCAACUUGGAGAAGUACAACAUCCCGUACCCAGAGGCCAUUUUCAACAUCGACUACUUCUCCAACGACCCGCAGCCCUUCUUCUCUCUGGCCAAGGCUCUGUAUCCCGGAGGCCACCGCCCCAACUACAUCCACUACUUCAUCCGCGUGCUCCACCACAAAGGACUGCUGCUCCGCAUGUACACACAGAACAUUGAUGGACUGGAGAAAGUUUGUGGCAUCCCGGAUGACAAACUUGUUGAGGCUCACGGUAGUUUUGAGACCGCUUCCUGUCACCUGUGCUACACCUCAUACCCCGCCGAAGAGGCCAAGGUCGCCAUAAUGAACGACAGCGUCCCCAUCUGCACCUUCUGUGCCGCGACCGUCAAACCCGACGUGGUGUUCUUUGGAGAGGACCUUCCUCAGAAGUAUUUCCUCAGCAACGAAGACUUCCCUAAAGCCGAUCUGCUCAUCAUCAUGGGCACGUCGCUGAAGAUUGAACCAUUUGCCAGUCUGGUGAACACGGUGCGCUCCACUGUUCCACGUCUCCUCCUGAACCGGCACGCGGUGGGUCCCUUUGAAAAGGUCCCGCUGCGGAGAGGAGAUCACAUGGAGCUGGGCGACCUGGAGGUCACGGUCCGGAGGUUUGCUGAAAUGCUCGGCUGGCACAGCGAGAUCGAAGAGCUGAUGAAGACUCAGGAAUCGCUGAGCGUCCCUUCCUCGCAGAGCGGACAGAGGUCGAGGUCCAGACCAGGAGCUCAGAGAGCGGCGAGCAGCGGCAGCGAGGAGACGGACUCGGAGACCGACAGCAAAAGCUCUGCGCCGCCAAGCCCGAACAACUUGAUGCUGCAUUAUUAGCGGCGUGGGACAAGUUGGCGAACGCUCCUCUUCUGGAACUGUUCGGUAAACUCUGCACAUCUAUUAUCGGUUCAGCAUCUAAAAGAUGUUUGUUUUUGUUCAACAGUUCAGGGCAGCAUCCGUCGAGAACCUCUGUAAGAAUGUUUGUCUUGUCAGUCACAACUGAAUGUUUUAUAUGGGCACAGCACUGUAUUUUAACCAGUAUUUAAUAAAGACGUCACUUUCAGCGCUCCUCUUUUCGUCUGCGGGUUCAAAAGAAGACAAGCGGUUUAACUCUCCAGUUUAUUAACUCUCAGUGGAAGCCUCACAACAUAAAAUAACUGCGGUGAUAUUUACAUGAACAGUGUGCAAAAAAGAACAGUUUCAGAGCAGCCUCUCCUCAGAUGGAGAGAAGUGGUCACCAUGCAGGAUGUAAAAAAAAAAAAAAAAAAAAAAAAAAAAAAGCUAAAUAGAUGAGUU